UCCGCCUGAGAGUCUGUGUGUGACAGAGAGCGAGAAACAACAUGGCUCCCGCUCACCUCCUGAGGGAAGCCAUCAACUACAUUUAAACCUCUCGCUCCCUCUCCCCAGCCAUGGUGCCCAGUGAGGACAAUCAACUGGUCCCCAGGGAGGGUUUAUUUUGGAGUUGCAGACAAAGUAUCUUUGAUGAGAUGAAGAAGAAAUUCUCCCAGUUAGAAAAUGCAGCAGAUGAACCACGGGUGCUGUGUAUUGUUCAGGACACCACCAAUGCCAAGACAGUUACUGAACGCCUCACUCUGAACCUCCCAGCAUCAACUCCACUGAAACGCCUCUUUGAUGAUGUGUCAUCUAAAACAGGCUAUGUGAAUGGCACGUUCGAGUUGGUCUGGGGUAAUGGACUAAAUAAUGCAGACCAGAGUCCUUUAGAUUCCAGCAGUGAAACAUCUCUUAGUUCUGCUGGGUUUGAACCAGGAAAGAAAAACUUUCUUCAUCUCACAGAUAAAGAUGGUGAACAGCCUCAACUUGCAUUGGAUGAGUCUGGUGCAGCAGACAGCAGUGGCCUUGAUGACAGCUGUCAAGAAAGGAUCAUUAAUCCUCAACAAAGGGAGAGCACGGCUGGCUGUGGGGAGUACAACAGUCAGAGCUAUUCAUACUCACCCAUCCUGGGGAAGUCAGAAACUGGUUAUGUGGGAUUGGUAAAUCAAGCCAUGACCUGCUAUUUGAACAGCUUACUGCAAACACUCUUCAUGACUCCCGAGUUCAGGAAUGCACUGUACAAAUGGGAAUUUGAGGAUUCGGAGGAAGAUCCUGUUACUAGCAUUCCGUACCAACUCCAGAGACUGUUUGUCUUACUGCAGACGAGUAAGAAAAGAGCCGUAGAAACAACGGAUGUGACUCGGAGCUUUGGCUGGGAUAGUAGUGAAGCUUGGCAACAGCACGAUGUGCAAGAACUAUGCAGAGUUAUGUUUGAUGCACUGGAACAAAAAUGGAAGCAAACCGAACAGGCUGACCUCAUCAACCAGUUGUACCAAGGGAAACUGAAGGACUAUGUGCGUUGUCUGGAGUGUGGAUAUGAGGGCUGGAGAAUUGACACAUACCUCGAUAUCCCACUGGUUAUCAGACCAUAUGGAUCCAAUGUGGCAUUUAGUAGUGUGGAAGAAGCUUUACAAGCGUUUAUCCAACCUGAAACCCUAGAUGGUCCCAACCAAUACCUUUGUGAGCGCUGCAAGAAAAAAUGUGAUGCACGCAAGGGGUUGAAGUUCCUGCACUUCCCAUACCUAUUGACCCUGCAGCUGAAGAGGUUUGACUUUGACUACACAACAAUGCACAGGAUAAAGUUAAAUGACCGGAUGACUUUCCCAGCAGAGCUUGACAUGAGUCCCUUUAUAGAUGUGGAAGAGGAGAAAUCUCCUCAGACUGAGAGCUGCACAGACAGUGGUGCUGAGAAUGAAGGGAGUUGUCAUAGUGACCAGAUGAGCAACGACUUCUCAAAUGAUGAUGUUGUGGAUGAAGGAAUCUGCCUGGAAAGUAACCACAAUAGUGAAAAGACUUCAAAGGCAGGAAAUGAAAAGGGUUCCUGGAUUUACGAGCUCUUUUCGGUUAUGGUCCAUUCUGGAAGUGCUGCUGGUGGACAUUACUAUGCCUGUAUAAAAUCGUUUAGUGAUGGACAAUGGUACAGUUUUAAUGAUCAGCAUGUUAGCAGGAUUACUCAAGAUGAUAUUAGGAAAACCUAUGGUGGCUCUUCAGGGAGCAGAGGCUAUUAUUCCAGUGCUUUUGCCAGCUCAACAAAUGCAUACAUGUUAAUUUACAGACAAAAGGAUUCUGCAAGGAAUUCAAAGUUCUUGGAGGUUCUUGAAUUUCCCGAUCACAUCAAGGGACUGGUACAGAAGGAGAAGGAAAUAGAGGAACAAGAAAAAAGGCAGCGUGAAAUUGAACGUAAUACCUGCAAGAUCAAGUUGUUCUGUAUGCAUCCUGCACGGCAGGUAAUGAUGGAGAACAAGUUGGAGGUUCACAAGGACAGAACUCUGCAGGAAGCAGUGGAGGCAGCAUACAAGAUCAUGGAUUUAGAAGGUGUACUUCCUGUUGACUGUUGUCGACUUGUCAAGUAUGAUGAGUUCCAUGAUUACUUAGAACGUUCAUACGAGAGAGAAGAAGAUACACCAAUGGGAUUACUACUGGGUGGAGUAAAGUCAUCUUACAUGUUUGACUUGCUGUUAGAAACAAGACGACCUGAUCAAGUUUUUCAACCAUAUAAAUCGGGCGAAGUGAUGGUGAAAGUGCAUGUGGUUGACCUGAAGACAGAAACAGUGGCUCCACCCAUCAGUGUCCGGGCCUACCUUAAUCAGACAGUGACAGAGUUCAAACAGCUAAUUUCACAGACUUCAGGACUUUCCAUUGAGACUAUGCGUAUAGUAUUGGAGCGUUGUUGUAAUGAUCUACGACUACUGUAUGUGCCCAACAAAACACUGAAGGCUGAAGGUUUCUUCAGGAGUAAUAAGGUAUUUGUGGAAAGUUCGGAAACGCAAGACAAUCGUGUGGCAUUCACUGAGUCACACUUAUGGUGCCUGUUGGAUCAGCACGCCAACACCAUUAGGCUGUGCGUUUCCUUACCUGAACAAUCACCAGGAUCCCAAGGAGUAAAAAAUCUUUACCUAAAAGCUGCAGGGGAUCAAUGUAACCAGAAUACGUUUAUGAGUGUAAAAGGGUCUCCAGCUCACAGGAAAUCGGUGGAAGCUAUUUUGGAGGAGAGCACCGAGAAACUGAAGAAUCUGUCAAUGCAGCAGCAACAGCAGCAGAUGUCUUGUGGUCCAGGAGGAAAUGGAGACAGUCUAAAAAGCACAGACGCUAGUGACUUUGAAAAUAUUGAGUCACCUUCACAAAAGGCAGACUUGUCAGCCUCAGUUGACAACAGAGAACUAGAAAAUCGGAUUCCUUCCUCAGAUCCCGAGAAUCACUUUCAGUCAGAGGAGCGCUCCGAUUCCGAUUUAAAUAACGACAGGAGUACGAGUUCAGUCGACAGUGAUAUCUUGAGCUCCAGUCACAGUAGUGACACUUUGUGCAAUGCGGAAAAUACUUCCAACCCUUUGGCGAAUGGACUUGACUCUCACAGCAUUACGUACAGCCGUCGGUCAAAAGCAAAUGAAGGAAAGAAAGAAACGUGGGACACAGCAGAGGAGGAUUCUGGCACUGACAGUGAAUAUGAUGAGAAUGGGAAGAGCAGAGGCGCAACACCAUAUAUGUACUUCAGAGCAGAACAGAAUACUUGUGAAGAUGGAUCAGGUGAUGGACAAAAAAGUUUGUUAGUGUUUGUUGACAAACGAAUCACACUGGCUGCCUUUAAACACCAGUUAGAGCCGUGUGUUGGAGUUCCAUCUUCCCAGUUUAAGGUCUUCCGGGUCUAUGCUAACAACCAAGAGUUUGAGAGUGUUCGUCUAAACGAGACGCUGUCAUCGUUCUCUGAUGACAACAAGAUAACUAUUAGACUUGGAAGAGCACUGCGGAAAGGAGAAUACCGUGUCAAAGUCUACCAGCUGUUAGUGAAUGAUCCAGAGCCCUGUAAAUUUCUCCUCGAUGCUGUGUUUGCUAAAGGCAUGACAGUGUGCCAGUCAAAAGAGGAGCUGCUGCCGCAACUCAGAGAACAAUGUGGGUUGGAUCUCAGCAUUGACAGGUUUAGACUCCGAAAGAAAACCUGGAAAAACCCUGGAACCAUUUUUCUGGAUUGUCAUGUUUAUGAGGAAGAUAUCAAUAUCUCUAGUAACUGGGAAGUGUUCCUUGAAGCACUUGAUGACCCCGAGAAGAUGAAAUCCAUGUCACAGCUGGCUGUGCUGACCAGACAGUGGAGGCCAUCGGAGAUCAAGCUGGAGGCUUUCCGGGAGGUGGUCCUGGAGAGCAGCAGUGUUGAAGAGCUGAAAGAGAAGCUAUGUUCGAUAAGUAAAAUUCCUGUUGAAAACCUAGAGUUUGCAAAGGGCAGGGGGACAUUUCCUUGUGACAUUUCAGUGUUGGAAAUUCAUCAGGAUUUAGACUGGAAUCCUAAGGUAUCAACCUUGAAUGUUUGGCCGCUCUACAUCUGUGAUGAUGGAGCUGUCAUUUUUUACAGGGACAAGACUGAGACCCUGAUGGAACUCACAGAAGAGCAGAGAAACGAACUGGUGAAGAAGGAAAGCAGUCGCCUGCAAAAAUCAGGUCACCGCGUGAACUACUCGCCUCGUAAAGAGAAAGCACUGAAGAUUUAUUUGGAUGGAGCCCCCAGUAAAGACUCGAGCCAGGACUGACCCUGAGCCUCCUGCCUGCCUCUCUCUCCCUGACACUGUGGACGGCUGCUCUGGCUGUCGAUCCCAUCCAUUAGGUGUACCUGAUGACACCAGCACUGAUUGGCUUGGUGCCCACCAAUCAGAAGCCCAGUGUUUGACUUGGAAUCAUGUGCAUUCUGGUCUGUUUGUAAAGUUUAACGAUGUGCAAAUGGGGGGAAAUGAAGAUAAUGUGGUCUCUGUGCACCUCAUCGCUAGAAAAGCUAAAUCCCAAGUGGGAUUUUAUAGCUGAAUAAAACCGUGCACAGACCUAAGAAUUUGUCAUCUAUUUUAUUCAUGUGUGCACAUACCUCAUUGAUGAAUUUAAGCUAGGCGUGUACUAUAGGGGGGAUGGUUGGGGUGGGGAAGGUGUUAAUCCAGUGUAAUUGAUGGAAUAGAGCGUAAUCAGAAAUACAGACAAAUGUCAUCAGUAACUUCCUUUUUAAAAAUUAGUUGCCCACACGUGGCUAAAGGCCAAACCUGCUGAUUUUGUUAGAAAUGAUGUAACUGAAUGGUUUUACAGUUUGGAUUUUAAAGCCCAGCACUCGUUACUUACUCAUAUCGUCUAAUACGCACACAAAGUCUCAGCCUAAGCUGCAGUUUGCCGUAAGUUCUGGGUCAGGGCAGAGACGCUUUAUACUAUUUGUGCAUACAUUACACACACAUUACACACACGCGCCACUCAAAUGCACACACUGUACAAUGUUAGAGGUGUGCUUAAACCUUCCAGUUUUGAGUUUUGUUUUUUUUUCUCAUCUGUUUGUCUAAUUUUUGGGCCUAAGUAAUUUUUGCACCUUUGAGAAUCUUGGUUUUAUUAAAAUGAAAGGCCACCUAGUUCUGAUUCUGUAUGUUGUAAUUUUAUGACCGUUGUACCAAGGUUUGGUCAGUGAGUGAAUCUCGCUCCAUGAAGAAGCACGAUGUUUUUAAUUCUCUGCUGUAUUUAAUUAAUUGAUAUACAAGUAUAUCUUUAAGCAUGAAUUUCAGCCAUGCAAAAAAAAACGAUUAAAAUGAACCACUUGGAAUAAAAGAGCUUGUUUCAUGGCUAGAUUCGCUCUGCACCAUCUAAUAAAAGCAGUAGAGUGGAAAGUACAUUUCAAUGCGCAAACUGUAGAUUUUUUUUGCCCCUAUAAGUUUUCAAGAGAUCUCUUUAAUUUUUAUGACAGUACAGAUCAUCAAAAAUGGCUUUGAAAGUAUUUUUUUCAUGCCCAAUGCUGUUUACAAAUGAGAAACAUGCCAAUAAAACAUUUAUUCAUUCUA